CAGCGUCCUUUCACUUCUGCGUCAGACGCAUAAAGCACGAGGCGUUGACCGAGGGAGGCACGGUGUCGGCCUGCUCAGCAUCAUGACAUAUCCCUCUUCAACCCUUCCUUCCCCAGACCUGGUGCCCACCAUGGCACGUCCAUGCUUGAGCCCCAAACAGGUCGACGACGUGCUUGCGGCAUUUUUCGUUUUGGUGGGCGUGGAUCCCGACAAUUUGCCGUCGUUGACCACACCUGCACACUGCUCGUCCCCCCCCUCCAAACCACCUCGGCACAUGACGUCUCCCACGGGGCCCCGCACAAAUAUCAGCCAUCGAGGCCAUGUCAAACAUCAGCGACAACUGUUGUCCUCGAAGAAACGCUUGUCGGCAGGACAUAUCGUGCCUGCAGGGGAGAUGAAAAGCAAGAAGGGAAGCAAAGAACCAAGCAUGACUAAGCACAAGAAGCAUCGCGACCGCCUCGUGCAAUCAGCGCCUUUUCUCGGUGCCGGGACCUCUCUGUGGGGGCAGCAACAACAACAACGACGGAUGCAGCAGCUCGGAGCUCUCUCGGUUCGCCGUUGCCUGUUCGCGACGGACGACGACAAGGAAAACGCGUCGUCUAAGUAG